GCGGUAAAAAUUGUGUUCAGUAAAUAAAUAAUUUUUCAUGUCUUCAAAACUUUGGCAACAUCCUUUUGUCAACGUGCUGAAGCACUUUGGGGUCGGUGAGUGGAAAAAAUGUACCAAGGAAGGAGAUGUCAGUCCAAUAAUGGACAAGCAAAUGAAAGGAACCAUCUACAGAAUCAGUGGAUCAAUUCCAGCCGGCAACUACAUCCAGUUUCCUCGCACCACCACCCAAACUCUUGGUCUUACUGGACAAUACCUUUACAUCAUGUUCAAGCCAAUCCCUACCAAGUACUUUGUAGUUCACAUAGAUGUCGCUGCUAAUGAUGGCUCUGCCAUCAGGAUAUCAUUUUCUAACUUAUUCAAAGAGUUCAAGUCUACUUCAACUUGGCUGCAGUUUCCUUUUGUGUCGAACCCGUCGCCGACUUCAGUAGAAGCAAAAACCACAUCUGAUAUGCUUAUUGCAAAUCUAGUUGGUACAGCCCCACAGUCAAGCCGCUGGUCUCUCCUUGUUCUAGACCUCCAUUAUAUCCUUUCGGCUUACCUCAACCUGUCCUACGCCUACCUUAAGAACAUUCGCCUUUGUGCCAAUAUGUUCCUCAAGGGUGUAUUUACCAGUGAUGUGGAUUAUCAACCUGGAUUGACAUCUUCUGAAGCAAGAAAGCUUGGUCUGAUUGCUGAAGGUGUUAUCCCUCUACCUAAAGAAAUGGCUUUCCCUUUGCCUAAGGGAGCAGAAUGGCAGACAUUGUAUGACUAUGUAAGGUUCCCUCCAGCAAAAACUGGUACUCGCUUGGGCAUUAUUACCAAUUUAAAAGAAAAGAAGACAGAUAUACAUGUACACAGUAAGAGAAAACAAGCUGUUAAAGAAGAUAAGAAAACUAAAGAGGGUGAUGUCAAAUCCAAGGUCUACAAUCAGGAUUCCAGGCCCCAAAAACUAAAGCACCCUAAAGAAACAGAGGUAAUAUCUGAACCAUUCACAGACAGACAUGUCUAUGCAACUAUCAAGCGACCCAGUGUCCGUAAGAAGAUUCCUUCAAAGCUAGAGUCUUUCACAUAUCACCCAUCCACUUUACCACAAAAACACACCACCGUUACUGCUGACUCACAGAGUCUUAAACCAGAUCCUAUUCUGUCCCUGAAGAAAAUUAUUGGUUUUGGGGGAGGAACUUAUAAAGAGGGUCUGUGGAAUGUUAAUGGUACAAGUGUUCUAUAUCCUUGCCAUGCUAUCAUUGUAUCCAUGGAUAUAGCUACUGGUCGACAAGAAUUCUUUAUGGGACACACCGACAAGGUAUCUGCUUUGGCUUUCGAUGGUGCUGCUAACCUUCUAGCAUCGGCUCAAGCUGGUACUCCAUCCCUGAUAAGAAUCUGGAAAUACCAGACCAGGAAAUGUGCUGCUUUAUUCAGAACACAAGUCUCUGAUAUACACUGCCUCAGUUUGUCUGUCAGUGGUAAUAUACUUUGUGCUGUGGGACGAGACUCGCAUGGAAAACAGUUAGUUACUGUGUGGGACACGUCUCAAGCUGUCAGAGGGGGUCAAGUGUCCUUACUAGCCAAGGCUCACACAGAUGUCCACAUCAAUCGCAUGAGAAUUGCUGACUUUGACGAUAGCAGAAUGUUAUCGUGUGGGAAAGAAAAUAUUCGCUUCUGGCGCCUGCGUAAUGGCUCGUUACGAUCCUGUCCGAUUGAGCUUCGUCAACACUCUAUGACCGAGUUCACCGACAUCGUCUACGGCUUACGAGAAAGAUCAAGUGCUACUCCCAACAAAAUAUAUUGUAGCACUACAUCUGGAGCCAUAUACCAAAUCGAUUACCACAAGAUAGUUCUUGACCGGGUUAUCAAGCUGCUUCCUAUUGGUGGUCACCAUAGCAACAAUCAGGUGUCAAUCAAUGUGUUGGUUGUCAAUGAGAUGUUUUGUGCUACAGGCUCGGAUGAUGGGUAUUUGAGAAUGUGGACUCCUGACUUUUCUAAGGUUUUACUCGAAGCAGAACACGAAGGACCUGUAACAGUUUUAAGUCCAUCAAGGGACGGCAGUAAUAUUCUUGCCGGAACAAGCUUGGGAAACUUGGGCAUUCUCAACACCUACAACAAGUCAUACAAGACAAUCAUGAGAUCCCACACGGAAACCAUCCACGCCAUGAAUAUAGACCACACACGUCGGCGCAUAGGAACUGUCUCAGCUGACUUCACUAUACGCAUCUGGGACAUGGAUACUUUAACUCAACUGUAUGACUUCCAGGCGCCUAAAGAAGAACCCUGCGCAAUCGCGUUCCAUCCUUUUAAUACUUGUUUUGCUUCUGGGUUCAUCGAUGGCACCGUGAGAGUAUUCGAUAUACAGUCAACUAAUCUUGUUGCAGAACAUAAACAACACAGGGGGAGGGUGACAGGUCUUGUUUUUGCUCCUAAUGGUGGUUUUCUGUUCAGUUCGGGAUCACUAGGGGCGUUAGCCAUGUACUCUGCUGGUAACGACAGUUAUGACUUGGUACGUAUGCUACUGGACAUGACACCAAGAAAUGAGGACCUGGGACCCAAUGCUCUGUCGGUCAGUCAUGACAGCAAGAGACUGGCCUUUAUUGGUCCUUCAGAGUACACUAUUUGUGUUGUGGAUGCGAGGUCAUUAGAUGAGGUGCUGAGAGUCGAUAUCACUACAGUGGCAUCACCAGGACGUGCUCAUAUAGACACAGCAACAAUGGUUGCCUUCGCUACGCCAGAACUCAAUCAACUGUUAGUCGUGACAUCAUCUAAUAGGUUACUGAAGCUGAAUGGUAGUAAUGGACUGCUGUUGAGUGAAGUUUCUAACCUUCAUCGUCAUAGCUGUUCAUGUUUAGACACUUCUCCUGAUGGUCGUUACCUGGCAACGGCCGGGGACAAUCUGAUAAAAGUAUGGGACUACCAUAUGAGACUUGAUAUUAACUUCCAG